AUGUCCGAGUUACGUUUUGAUAAUCAGACCGUCGUCGUCACCGGCGCCGGCGGUGGUCUUGGAAAAGCAUAUGCUCUCUUCUUUGCCUCAAGGGGUGCGAACGUCGUUGUCAACGACCUCGGUGGCUCUCACCACGGUGAGGGCAAGUCAUCAAAGGCUGCAGAUGUUGUAGUUGAGGAGAUCCGCGCCGCGGGCGGAAAGGCGGUUGCCAACUACAGCAGUGUAGAGGACGGUGCCGCCAUUAUUGAUACUGCUAUUAAGAGCUUUGGUCGCAUUGAUGUGCUCAUUAACAAUGCUGGUAUCCUGCGUGAUAUUAGCUUCAAGAACAUGAAGGACGAGGAUUGGGACCUGAUCAACCGUGUCCACACCUACGGUGCCUACAAGUGCGCACAAGCAGCUUGGCCUCACUUCCGGAAACAAAAGUACGGCCGUGUCAUCAACACUGCCUCAGCAGCCGGUCUCUUCGGCAACUUCGGCCAGGCCAACUACUCCGCCGCGAAGCUCGGUCAGGUCGGUUUCACCGAGACCCUGGCCAAGGAGGGUGCCAAAUACAACAUUAUUGCCAACGUCAUUGCUCCCAUUGCUGCUAGCCGUAUGACUGCCACCAUUAUGCCUCCGGAUGUGCUGGAGAACCUGAAGCCCGACUGGGUUGUCCCCGUCGUCGCUCGCCUUGUUCACUCGUCCAACACUACUGAGACUGGUGGUAUCUACGAGCUUGGCGGCGGUGCCGUAGCCAAGCUGCGCUGGCAGCGGGCUAAGGGUGCUCUCCUGAAGACCGAUGACUCCUUGACUCCCGGUGCCAUCGCCCGCAAGUGGGCCGAUGUCAAUGACUUCUCCGUAUGCGAAUACCCUACUGGUCCUGCUGACUUCAUGGGUCUGCUCGAGGAGGGUCUGAAGAUGCAGAGUGCCCCGAAGGGCGAGGAGCCCGACUUCAAGGGCCGCGUGGCCCUGGUCACUGGUGGAGGUGCUGGUCUUGGCCGUGCUUACUGCUUGCUGUUUGCCAAGUACGGUGCUAAGGUUGUUGUUAACGACUUGAUGGACCCGGAGCCUGUGGUACAGGAGAUUAGAAAGGCUGGUGGCGAGGCUGUUGGCAACAAGGCCAAUUGCGAGGAUGGUGACGCCGUCAUCAAGUCCGCCAUUGAUGCCUUUGGACGUAUCGAUAUUUUGGUCAACAAUGCUGGUAUCCUGCGUGACAAGGCAUUCACCAACAUGGAUGAUAACCUGUGGAAUUCGGUCAUCAACGUCCACUUACGCGGAACCUACAAGGUGACCAAGGCUGCCUGGCCCCACUUCCUUAAGCAGAAGUACGGUCGUGUUGUCAACACUGCCAGCACCAGCGGUAUCUACGGUAACUUCGGCCAGGCCAACUACGCUGCUGCGAAGCUUGGAAUUCUUGGUCUCUCUCGCGCUCUUGCCGUUGAGGGUGCUAAGUACAACAUUAAGGUCAACACCAUUGCCCCCAACGCUGGUACCGCCAUGACCCGCACUAUCAUGCCCGAGGAGAUGGUCCAGGCCUUCAAGCCUGACUACGUCGCUCCUCUGGUUGCCCUGCUUUGCUCUGACGCCGCUCCUGAGCCCUCCACCAAGGGUCUCUACGAGUGCGGUAGCGGUUGGUUCGGUCGCACCCGCUGGGAACGGUCCGGCGGCCACGGAUUCCCCGUGGACGUCAAGCUGACUCCCGAGGAGGUGCUUAGCAAGUGGGAGAAGAUCGUCAACUUUGACGAUGGCCGUGCUGACCAUCCCGAGGACGCCGCUGAUGGCUCCGCCCGGGCCAUGGCCAACAUGGACAACCGCUCCGGCGGUAGUGAGUCCAAGAGCAGCUACCUCGAGAACAUCGAGCAGGCUAAGGCUGCCUCGACUGAGGGCACCGCUUUUGACUACACCGAUCGUGAUGUCAUUCUCUACAACCUCAGCCUGGGUGCCAAGCGCACUGACUUGCCUCUGGUUUACGAGAACCACGAGCAGUUCCAGGCCCUUCCCUCCUUUGGUGUGGUCCCUUGGUUCAACACCGCUGUUCCUUGGAGCUUUGAUGACAUCGUGAAGGACUUCUCCCCUAUGAUGCUCCUCCACGGUGAGCAGUACAUGGAGGUCCGCAAGUACCCCAUUCCCACCACAGUCAAGACCUUGACCUACCCCAAGCUCAUCGACGUUGUCGACAAGGGUAACGCUGCCCUGGUUGUGUCUGGUUUCACCACCAAGGAUGCCACCACUGGUGAGGACCUGUUCUACAAUGAGUCUACCGUCUUCAUCCGUGGAAGCGGUGGCUUUGGCGGAUCCCCCAAGCCCACUGCUGUUCGCCCCAAGGCUGCUACCGCUGCCUACAAGCCUCCCCAGCGCAAGGCUGAUGCCGUGGUUGAGGAGAAGACCUCCGAGGACCAGGCUGCUCUCUACCGUCUGAACGGUGACUACAACCCUCUCCACAUCGACCCCGAGUUCAGCAAGGUUGGCGGCUUCAAGACCCCUAUCCUUCACGGCUUGUGCUCGCUGGGUGUGGCUGCCAAGUCGGUCUUCGCCAAGUACGGUGCCUACAAGAACCUCAAGGUCCGCUUCGCUGGUGUCGUCCUGCCUGGUCAGACCCUCCGUACCGAGAUGUGGAAGGAGGGCAACACCGUCCUCUUCCAGGCUACCGUUGUCGAGACUGGCAAGCCCGCCAUCACCGGUGCCGGUGCCGAGCUCCUUGAGGGUGCCAAGGCCAAGCUGUAA